UGUAUCUAAACACUAGCAUAUAAUUACCUUCAUAAAUUCUACCUGUCAAGGAGUUAUCUCCAUCUCUUUAUCACACCUCUCUAAAGCUACUUAACUGUGAAUCCUACCUGUCAAUAGUUUUUCCUUCUCUUUAUCACACCUCUCUAAAGCUACUUAUCUAUAAAUUCUACCUGUCAGGAGUUUUUCCUUCUCUUUAUCACACCUCUCUGUAGCUACACAACUAUAAAUUGUAACUUUAAACACACCUCUCUGAAACAACUUAGCUAUGAAAAUUUUGUGCGUGGUAUGUGAAGUGAGGGAGGCCACAGUUUGGUGUUGCGGAGAUGAAGCUCCUCUUUGUUAUGGUUGUGAUCAGAAUGUUCACACAGCUAAUAAGUUGGCUUCCAGACAUCACAAAGUUGCUCUUGUGGAAACUGCAUCAGUGCCCAAGUGUGAUGUUUGUCAGGAGGCAGUUGCUUUCUUCUUUUGCCGAGAAGAUCGAGCUUUGCUCUGUUCACAAUGUGAUCUCGCCGUCCACUCCUUGAACGUCCAUGUCUCAGCUCACCAGCGUUUUCUAGUUCCUGGAGUGAAAGCCGAGCUCGCGCCAAUCAAACAGAGUCCAGUCACUUCCUCAUCAGUGCAAAAAUGUGGUAAAAAACAAAAGUCUAGUAAAAUGGUGCAAAAGGCAUGUCCUGGUGGGCUGGCUUCUGCUGAAGCCUGUGUAUCCGAAGGUAUCCCAGAGCGGGAACUCACUGAUAUCUUCGGAAACACAGGCUUCAGUAAAAGUGAUGUUGAUGACAAGCAAGGGGAUUGUUGCACACCAAUUUUCAGCAUAGAUGACAUUGAAGUCGAUCCUGAUGAGAACUUAGUUCCAUCCUGGAGAGUUGAUGUUAAUCUGGAUGCUGACGAUAACGUGGUUCAGGCCUGGAUAGCUGAUCAGAGUCAUCAGACUCAUCACCCUGGUAACGAGAACUUAAGUCAGGGUAAUAUAGAUAGCUCAUCAGCAGUGGAUGAAAAUGAUAGCUUAAUUAGAGCCUGGACAGAUCCAAGUCAAGCCUGGGAGGUUCCAGAGUCAUCUCCAAUGUUGGACUCAGAAUUCGAUUUAGUGUGUGUUCCUGAUGUGAAUUACUAUCCAUCGCAGGAAAAUGGAUCCGGUCUCAAUCGAAAGCGGAAACUUUAGAAACACUGAGACCGGUUCACAAGAGAAAGGACAAUAGCUAUGAGGAGGCACAGGGAAAAAGCCAAGUCUUAGGGAAGUUUUGAUGCUUUAUGUACCGAUUUCAUUAUUC